AUGGGCGUCGCCUUGUUGCGCGGCUUCCUCGAGAGCAUCUUUAGUACCAUCCAAGCAUUAACCGUGUCCGCUUUGAACCAGACCACUACAAACGGACUUUCACUUCUGGGGACCCUCUUAGCCCCUACCUUGCCCCCGUUCUUAGCAGAUGGUCCGCUGCUGAAUGAAUACACAUGGGGAGACCGAACCGACUAUGGAAACAACCCGUACCGCGACUGCCCCACGACUGGAGUGGUUCGACACUACCAGUUCACCGUGAGCCGCGGCUACAUUGCCCCAGAUGGCUAUGUGCGGGACGUUCUUCUCGUCAACGGGGCUUAUCCUGGACCCAUGAUAGAGGCAAACUGGGGCGACACCAUCGUGGUGGAUGUGCACAACAACAUCACCGGCCCAGAAGAGGGCACAGCCAUCCACUGGCAUGGCUUUCUCCAGCAUGAAACGCCGUGGGAGGACGGCGCUCCGGGCAUCUCCCAAUGCCCCAUCCCGCCCAGGAAGAGCUACCGAUACGAGUUCAUUGCCAGUCUGUACGGUUCGAGCUGGUAUCAUGCUCACUACUCGGCGCAAUACACCGGUGGUGUCGUCGGCCCAAUUGUGGUCUAUGGGCCCACGAAGGAACAUUACGAUAUCGACCUCGGUCCUAUCAUGCUAAGCGACUGGUACCACAAGGAGUAUUUCGAUAUAGUCAAAGAAAUGCUUGCGCCAAACGGCAGCCCUCGAGUGUUCUCUGACAACAACUUGAUCAACGGCAAGAUGCACUUUGACUGCUCCACAGUGGCUCCAGGAGACACGACUCCCUGCGUCAGCGAUGCCGGCAUCGCCAAGUUCAGGUUCAAGACUGGCAAGACGCAUCGCUUGCGUCUAAUUAACUCGGGGGGCGACGGCAUCCAGCGCUUCUCGAUUGACGAACACACGCUUACUGUCAUCGCCGAGGACUUUGUCCCGGUAGAGCCGUACAACACGUCGGUUGUCACCCUGGGUGUUGGCCAGCGCACCGAUGUGCUCGUCACAGCCAACGUCGGCAAGCCCGAGUCGGCCUUCUGGAUGCGAUCCAAUCUGACCACGUGCUCGGCCGCGCGACAGCCCAACGCCAUCGCCGCCGUCUACUACGACAAGGCCGACACGAAUGCGAUGCCGUCCAGCGGGGCCUGGAACAUACCGGAUCCCAACACCUGCUCCAACGUCGACCUCAGCGUCACCGAGCCGCUGUACCCGAUCCCCCUGCCCGCGCCCUCCUUUACACAGACCAUGGAUAUUGAGCUAUUCAAGAACGCGUCUGACGUGACGCUGUGGAAGUUCAACAGCGUCUCCAUGCGGACCCACUACAACGAACCCGUGUUGCUGGUUGCCAACGAGGGCAAUUUCAGCUUCCCGGCCCAGUGGAACGUGGUCAACUACUACAGCAACACGUCGGUCCGCAUCAUCGUCAACAAUAGAAGCCCUACUUCGCACCCAAUGCAUCUCCACGGCCACAACUUCUACAUUCUCCACGAAGGCCCCGGGAUAUGGGACGGCAGCAUCGUGCGCCCGUCCAACCCGCACCGGCGAGAUGUUCAUCUCGUCCGUGGCAACGGCCAUCUCGUGAUUCAGUUUGACGGCGCUCCAGGCAUCUGGGCCUUCCACUGCCACAUCGCCUGGCACGCUUCGGGCGGCUUCCUCGCGUCGCUGGUUAUCGAGCCCGAACAGGUGGACGCUAUGCACAUUCCCAGCGAUGUCAAGCAGAACUGCGGCGCAUGGGAUCUGUGGUCCAGGUUCAAUGUCGUCGACCAGAUCGACAGCGGUACUUGA